AUGAGCGCUUCUCGGUUCAUCAAGUGCGUGACGGUGGGGGACGGCGCCGUCGGCAAGACUUGCCUCCUCAUCUCCUACACAUCCAACACCUUCCCCACCGACUAUGUCCCAACAGUCUUCGACAACUUCAGCGCUAACGUCGUGGUUGACGGGAGCACCGUCAACCUCGGAUUAUGGGAUACUGCAGGACAAGAGGACUAUAAUAGACUACGCCCACUAAGCUACCGAGGUGCCGAUGUCUUCCUGCUCGCCUUUUCUCUUAUCAGCAAAGCAAGCUACGAGAAUGUCACUAAGAAGUGGAUCCCUGAGCUACGGCACUACGCUCCGGGUGUGCCCAUAAUUCUUGUUGGGACAAAGCUUGAUCUGCGGGAUGACGAGCAGUUUUUCGUGGAUCACCCUGGGGCUGUUCCUAUUUCCACAGCUCAGGGUGAAGAGCUGAAGAAGGUAAUUGGCGCGACGGCCUACAUCGAGUGCAGCUCAAAAACACAGCAGAAUAUCAAGGCGGUGUUUGAUGCGGCGAUCAAGGUGGUUCUCCAGCCUCCGAAGCAGAAGCGGAAGAAGAGGAAGUUGCAGAAAGGAUGCAGCAUCUUGUAA